CAUAAUUAAACAAAAUGACUUGCUUUUAGUUUCUACCAAGAUGACAGUUGUUUCUGCUGACAAUGGACACUUAUAGACCAGGGUUCGUGUCAGGGCCAGGAGGGGGCCUAGAUGGAGGGCUGGACGAUCUUAGCCCCACUCAGCAGAAACUGAUAGGCAACCGGCAACUCAUCACAGACAUGAGGGCGCAGAACUUUGACGUUAUUCGAUUUGCCACCUACCGCACCGCCUGUAAACUGAGAUACAUCCAGAAGAAGACAAACUUGGAAAUGGUUGACAUCUGGAACAUUAUAGAAUGUUUUCGUGAAAAUGGCCUAAACACACUGGAAUCAGACACGGAACUGAAUGCUUCGAGGGUGGAAUCCAUUCUGACCAGUAUCUUCAUGCAACUGAACAAAAGAGUGCCCAUCACACGCCAGGUGGAUGUUAAAAUGUCAGCAAGCAUGCUGCUCAACUGGCUUAUCAGUGCUUAUGAUAGCUCGUGUCAUGGCAGAGUGAAGGUGUUUUACCUGAAGGUGGCGCUUUCACACCUGUGCUCCGGGAAACUCAUAGAUAAGCUGAGAUAUAUAUUCACCCAGAUAUCGGACUCAAGUGGGCUGCUUAUUCGUCAGAGGUUUGAGCAGUAUCUGCAGGCAGUUCUAGCUCUACCGACAGCCGUUUUCGAGGGCCCGUCUUUCGGCUACAACGAAACUGCUGUCAGGGCCUGCUUUGAUAUGAGGAGUGGUGUGAACAUAAACAACUUCCUGAAUGUUCUGGUGUCUGACCCCGGCCCCCAGUGUCUCAUGUGGCUGCCCAUACUGCACAGGAUGGCUCAGGUGGAGAAUGUGUUCCACCCAGUACAGUGUGACGGCUGUCACCGAGAGUCUUUCAUGGGUUUCCGUUACCGAUGUCAGCGUUGCCAUAACUACCAGCUGUGUCAGGAUUGCUUUUGGCGUGGUCGUACCUCGGGAAACCACAGCCCUGAUCACCAGAUGAAGGAGUACCUGGCUUAUAAGUCUCCAGCCAAGCAGAUUGGCCAUUCCAUAAAGAAGUCAUUCCAAUGUGUUCCCAGCACAUCGUUGGACGAGAAACCCCCUGUGUUCCCAGAUCUGCCGGAGAAAACUGUCGACCUCUCGUACAUCGUUACUGAUACACCCGAGGACUUUCAUCCUAUCGUUGUCCCAGCCACUCCGAGUUCUGUGAGGAAUGGUUUCCAUGGUUGUGGACAUGAAACCUCCCCAGAUCUCAGCUCCAUAUGUUCAUCCCCACAGGUGCUCAGAAGCCCAGGUAAGAUGAGUCUGGCAAUCACCACCCAGUCCACGGAUGACGAACAUCGACUGAUAGCUCGGUAUGCUGCUCGGCUGGCAGCUGAUACAAACAACGCUGCUCGGAGCCCAGCAGAGAUGAAUUUCACCUUGGACACAAACAAGGCUCAGCGAGAGCUCAUCUUCAAGUUGGAGCAGAAAAACAGGGAGAUAAUGCGGGAGAUCCAACGACUGCGUAUGGAGCAGGAAGCUCACGCCAAGACAACAGCUAAUGCCCAGUACAACCCAACUUUGAUGGCGGAACUGAUGUUGCUACGACAACGGAAAGAUGAGCUUGAGAUGCGAAUGUCCGCCCUCCAGGACAGCAGGAAGGACCUUGUUACUCAGCUGGAGUCUCUCAUGAAACUACUGAAGAACCAGCCUACCUCUCCCCGCUCUAGUCCCCACAUCACCAGUGCCUCAUCCCCUACCCUUGUGUCGCCGUACGCCACGACUCCAGGGCGGUCCAGCGCCCCCCUUGUCACCCCAAACACCCCUAGCGACACGUACAGCAGCCUCAGUUACACGCCCGGGCGCUCGAGUGUCCCCAUCAUGUACCACAAUGCAUACUACUCCUCAGAUACAAACACUAGUGCAACAAGUUCAAACAGUUACAGUCUCGGUCGACUGAGCGCCCCCAUUGUGAGCCCCUCCUCUGAGGCUGGUGUUGGCACGGUGCCAAUUACUCCUGGCCAGGAAUCGUUGACAUUGUCAGGUUUGGAAGGUGAUGUGCAAAUGGCCUUCAGUCAACCGUCAAGCUCAGCAAUGAAUUCGAAAAACCUGAGAAAUGACCUAUUAUCAGCGGCUGACAGUAUAACAGGGGCCAUGUCUUCACUGGUGAAAGAGCUCAGCUCUGAAAACAGUGGCAGUGAAGAUGAAGAUGACAAUAUAAAUGGUGAGCUGGAGAUUGCCGAGACGUACAUGUUACAGACACGGGAAGACCUGGAGUCCUGGCAACGGGAGGUGCAGAAACGCCUCGACCAGGAGACACGCUACGUCACACGGGUCAAGGCCGCCAACAGCAAUAACAGCAGCACUGGUCGUAGCGGACACAGCAGUACAGGAAGCAAUCAGAGCGAGGAGGAGGACAGGGACAGAUAUCUACGUCAUAUAUUUCCAAAGAUCGAUUACACGACAGACGAUGGAGAGUCGUAUGUUCGGACCGACGAUGAAAGUUACACUCGUACAGAUGACGAAGAUGCUGAAUUGUAUGAUAACCACCCAAAGGAGUUGCCUAACGAGAUGACAGCAAGUCGUUACUCAACAGAGGAGGAGGGGACCUUCCAGUCAGAUGGUGAGUCGUACAUACGGACGGACGAUGAGGACGGUGCGAACACCGAUACCGACUGGGAGGAGAGCAUGAAGCGCUGGAUCAACAGAUGAACAAAUGGGACGAAAAUAGUUUAUACAUAUUCCUCUUGCUGUUAAAAAUAGACAUAAAUUAGUCAUGAUCAUCAUGAUAAUUAUAGCUUUUUGCUUGCUGACUGGUCACCAUUUAUGGUCAUGACGUCAUCACGCAUAAAGACUUGCACAUGAUACACAUUUUUAAAUGUAUCUGGUAAAAUAGAUGUUACUUUGUCUGAAUGAAAAGCUUUUGCACUGCAUAUCUACAUUUAUACCUUUCCAGUAAAGGAAUCAAGAUAAAGUAGAUUAAGGCUAACAUCAAGGCAGAAUGGGCCAUGAAUGUGAUAGGGUUUUGAAUGCAUCAGUCGACUGGAGCCUUAUGAGCAAAGAUAAGUUUAAGACACUUGGACUUUUCAUAAAUUGACAGUGAUCAACUGAUCAUGCCCCAAAUUGUUUGUAGCCACGCCUUAAUGUUUGUCUAAGGUUGUUUGUCUAAGAGAUUUAAGUUGAUAGAUUUGAUUUUCAAAUCUAAUGCUGCUUUAUGCUUUCGUAUUUUAAUUUUCUGAUUGGUCAUUUAUAGAUGUGGUCAAUCAUUUUUUUUUAGUUCUGAUUGAUUGUAUGGAAUAUUAACAUGUAGGCUCCCUGUGCAGAAUUCAAUAUAAGAUUUGGGGUUUAACAGAUUGGUACAAUAACAGAUUAUUUUCAACCUUGCUACAUAUAUAUAUAUGGAAUGUUGACCAUGAGGUAAUCUGGAAUUAUUCUCUUUUGGUACACUACUUUUGAUAAAAGGAAAGGGUGUUCUAGAAUGCUUUGCUAAGCACAAUUGGGAAAACAACAUCAACAUUGAUCAAGAUCACUUUUUUAGGAUCAAAAUUUAAUACCACUUCAUUAGUUCUUGGAUGAGUAUGAAUGGUAAAACAUUAACAGUUAAAAUCGUCUCAUUAAUGACCAAAUAUAAAUUGAGGAAUAUUUUUCUUCAAAUUUUAGUAUUUUUUUUUUUUUCAAGAUAUGAAAAUAAUAAUUUAAAAAAAGUACAGGGUACAGUUUUAUAAAUGUUUUUUUGUAUUUAUUUCAUUAUAAAAAGUUUGCUAUUAUGUAGUAGUUUUCUGAAUACAUUAGAUUGUUCAGUAAAGCUGGUAGUGAAGGUAUGUUAUUUGUUACAAUAUAAAGUGUACAUUGAAGUGAUACAAUUGUAUUUACACCUUUUUAAUUUGUUUAGAAUUGCGGCUUUGUUCUCACAAAUACUAGCAGAAUAAAGUAUAUGUGCAUGCAAAAUUAUACCCGGUCUCUAAUAACUCAUUAAAAAGCAAAAUUAAAAGAUGUCCUAAUUACCAUCUAAUAUAGUGUGUAAAUAAAUAUUUGGACCCGACCUUAUCUUUUCAUUACCAGCUGACCCGUUUUUCUCCUUUUGCCCAAAUUUGGUAUUAACUAUCACAGGAAGACUUGUAAAUGUACCAAGAAAAAAUGGAUUUCAGUGUGAAAAUGAUUAUUUAAUUCAUUCACACCUGUAAUAAAAUAAACAGGAAGACCUACUUACCGGUACUCUUAGUUCACUUCUAGAUAAGAGAUGUUUUCAUAUGUAAAGUAAUUAAAGUGAAGAACACUUAAUCACAGAAAGUCCAGAUCAAUUUCGGACAAUAUCAUAUGAUGCACCUAUAUUUUUUCCUGCUAGUAAAUCUUUUCUGUUAAAGAUUUUUGACUGUGGAUUAAAGAUCUUAUACCGAAGUGAAAACAUGUCAUAUCCAUGUUGUUGUACAUAAUUACUGAUACUUUAUAUUUAAUUAUUUAGAGGUCUGCUAGGAUUUCUGCACACCGGUACUGUGCCAUGCAUGUGAAGGUUAUAGUUGUACAUUUAAGCUUGUUUUUUUCAUCCAGCCAUUUUGUAAUACAUGAUAUGCUGAGUUAGGAUGGCUUAAAGUAACCCCAUAUAAUUUUGAUAUGAAGUUUGUAAUAUUUCUUUCGGUAUGUUUUUUUUCCAAAAAAUAUUAAAAAAUUGUAUAAAUGUAUGUCUGACCAAAGAACAAGCUGUAAUUUCAUGUAUUGUAUUUGUUUACUUGCAAUUUCAUAAAAUCUUAUUUGUUGGUUAAAAACAAUAUUGUAUUAUUUCUCAUGUUUUAAUACAUUUGUACUAUAUUAACAAACAUGCGCAUUUUAACAUUUUAUUUUAAAUACAAUCUCAAUGUUUUAAUUCUUCUUUUUAUUUCUUGUUAAGUUAUUACCUAGUUGCUUCUAUUUAACUGGAAAUUAGAAGAAUUCUCAUUUUACUUGGUUAUUAUAUGUUCAAUCUUUUGUUUCUGCAUUUGUUAACUACAGCAUUAUUAUACUAACAUUUUAUUUUUGCCAUUAAAAUUGAAGAUCUGAUUUUUGUCAAUGUUUUGUUCUUCUUUUUGGUUUCAAUUGGAGGCAAAUUAUUGAUAUGAUUUUGAGACUUUGUAAUUGUCAAUUUAUUUCAUAAGUAUUCUUUUAAGAUGUGUCAUUAUUUUAUAUGUGCAAUAGUUAUUUUAAAAUAUGUAUAUUUGUAUAACUAUCAUUUCUAUAUAAUAUCACUUUGUUUACAAAGAAAAACAAUAUUUGCUGAAAAAAAUAAUUCUGAAAGCAUUUGAACCACCAAAGUUUUUUUUAAAUUUCUCCAAAUAUUUUAAUGAUUUUACAAAUUUCUUUUCACUGAUAAUCUAUAUUAUGUUUUUGAAAAUCUUAUGCUUAUAUUCACAUAAACCAGUACCAAACCUGUUUUAACAUGGAACUGUUUAUAACACCAUACACAAUAGGGCCAUCUCAUUAUAACACAUAUAUCUGAGGACUGACUUUUUGGUCUGAUAUUUCUGAGAAAUCAUUUUAUUUUGCAAAUUUGAUUUUUAUUUUUGUUUGUGACCCCCAUUUCAUGUAUAAUGAAAAUUCUUGAUUUAUGGAUAUUUUGUUGUACGCUCAUUUAUAAAAUGAUCCAAUCAUUUUUCCUUUCACGUGUUCAGUUAAUAUGAAACAAAAAUAGGGCGCUUAAAUGACAAAUAGUCUGGGAGUAGGAUUUUUGUUAUUGGUCCAUGAUAUAGUGUAAGUGGCAUUUACAUUAGUUAAGUUAUAGGUUUUUAGCAACCAAUAUAAAUUUCAUUUUUGUCAGACAAAUGCCGUUUAUCUUUAAUUAAAUAUAAUGUGAUUGUAAAAUGGCAUCAUUCACAAGGUCGUUCACAGGGAUGUUCAUGUUUUAUUGGGUCAGACAUUGUAAAUAAUAAUUUUGUGUGAAAUGUGAACACACUACUUGUUACAACGAUUAAACAUCAUCAAAAAAAAUAAUGAGAAAAUAAGAGCUCUUACAUUGCUAAUUAUUUCAAAGGUGACAGAAAAUGCUCUAUUUUACUAAAAAAGUAACGAUAUUGAAAAUUAAACUCUUCUGUUUGAAUGAGUUACUGCCAGUUGCUGGUUGGUGUUUGUUUAUAAAAGUAAGUAAUAAAAAAUCAAUCUAGACAAUGUGACAGCAAGUUGUUGCCAAUAUAACAUUGGUGAAUGAGGCCCUUUAACAGUCACAUUAUUUUCAUAUUCACAGAAAUACAUGUACAUUUCUCCACUGUUUUGACUUUCUUUUGGUCAUAACGAUUUGUGUUCACUUUGAAACAUGGGUAUAUUAAGAUUUCAAAAUGUUUGUUAAUAACUUGAAACUUAGUUGUUUUCAUGACAAUGUUACAGUUUAUUUUCUGUUCUAUUUGUGUUUAAAAUUGCUUAGUGAUACCAUUUUACUUAACAAUCAAAAGCAGCUACAUUUAUUUUUGCAUUUAAUUUGUUUUUCCACAAACAUAUCUGUGCUAUGUGUUGUGAGUGCUUGUGUUAUAUUACUGAUUAUUAGUAUUUAUUUUCAUGUAUUGUUGUUUGUUUUGUUUUUCUUUUGCUUUACAUAUCAGGGAAGUUGUUUGUAAUACGUGAACAUACAUGCCAUAUUUCUGAGAGGCUUCCCAGGGGAUUUCUGUCUGAAUACCAGGCCCCAAUUUCUCGAAACUUCUUAAGCUAAACUGGCUUAAGUAGCUUAUUUCAGUUAGCCAAAAUACAUAUUUAAAUUGAAUUUUGAUAAUUGAAAAAUAGUUUAUUGUGAUUAUCAUCAAGAUAAUUCCUAUCAAAUUAUUGAAAAACAAAAAUAGUGAGCUUUAAGCUUAAUCCUGUUAUAAGGGACUUAAGAAGUUUCGAGAAAUUGGGGCCAGGAGAUUUUGAUAUUACACCAGUUGAUUUUUACGCAGCAAAAUUUAGGUCGAUAUAUACAGUAAUGAUAUAAGAAAAAACAACAGGGACCAGGGGAUGGGUUGGACUUCGAGGGAUUCCCCCCCCACCGGGUAUACGGCAUGUAUGUGUCAGUGUACAUGUAUUUGACAGUUAUACACAAGGAUAGAUAAUAUAAAGUGAAAAAUUGGAAGAUUAUAAGUAUCUUCCAUGGUCGAGAGUGUAAGAUAGGUUCAUUCCGACCCGAGCGUAGGAUGUUUUGCGGAAACGAGGUUUACCGAGUUUCAGCAAAACACCCUGCGCGAGGGUCGGGAUGAAGCUAUCUUAUAUGAGCGGCUAUGGUAGAUACUUUUUCUCCCACCUCAGUUAAACAAAAUUAAGUAAAAAUGUAUUUUUUGCUGGAACUCUUUUUUGCUUAGUGAAAAUAAUUGCGUAUGGAUAUGCGAUAGCACGUGGUUGUCAUGGAUAUACGCGCAGUUUUAUGGUGACAUUUGAAGCGAGAAAUAAUUAAUUAGUGUUCUAAAUAUUACCAUAAGACAAGAUUUCCUUGAUGCUACUGACGACAGUCUUCAACAAGGGAGGUAAUUAUCAUGUGGUAAAAGGAGUUCCAUACGGGCAUUUUAUCUUCGCCCGUGGGCAAGAUAAGAAUAUCUAGCAUGGUUAAAUUAUUGGAUCUACUUAUCUGAGGUGGGAGAAAAGUCCCUUCAAAACUCUAUGUUUAGUAAACAGGUAAUAAAGAAAAAAAUCUGAGUCAAUUAAUUCGUUAAAUAGAGCGCAGGCAACAAUUUUAAUCAUAUUCUGGGGGUAAUAACUGGAUGCCACCUAUUGUAAAGUGUGGAGCUUUAAAGUUAUUACAAGUUAUAUAAUAAAGAUGUUUUUUAUUUCACCAAUAUUUGUUCUCGAAGACUCCCAUUUCAUGUCAUUGUAUCAGUCAAUUGCUUUGAUUAUUUGAAAGGGCUUUUGUAUGAUUUGUAAUACUAAGUUAUAGCUUUAUAAAUGCAUUCAUUAACUCAGCUGUGCUAUGUGUAAAGCUAGUCUGCUUGUAUUCCUUCUUACCUCAGAGAAAGUGUUCAGAUUUAUUUAUGACAAUGAUUUGGUGCUUGCUGAUUUAUGUUACAAUGAUUUCUUCCUUUGUUAAACUAACACAACAAAAACACGUCCUAAUUUCUGGAAAGUUUUUAUGUGUUACAAGCUUAAGUAGCAUAUUUUAUUAAGCUUAAUUUCUACCAGAUACAAAAAAAAUUCAUCAUCCCUAUCAUAAAGAUAAUUUCCUUUGAAUGUCCAAAAUAUCUUACGAAUGUAAAUAUAACACACAUUUUACCUGAACAAAAAAGUGAGAAAGUGAGCUUACAUGUAGCUUAAUCCUGUUACAAGGAACUUAAGAUGUUUUUCGAGUGAAUGGGGCCAGACGACUAGUGAUUGUAUAUUGAGUGCUUCUAGCUAUCUGUCAUGAUUGACUUUCCUCAUCACUUCAGGGGGCCGUACUUAAAAAUCUUCUCAGUGAAAAUUUUCAACUUGGUAACAAAUUUCAAAUUCUCAACACUGAAUAUAUUAGAUACUCUAUAUUUAUUUGCAAUGUAUUCUCAUGGAUUUAUUAUUUUGCCCAUUUUCUUGGCUUUUUAAUAUUUCUGAUCUAUAAACAUUGUUAUUUUUCUUAAAAAUUCAACUUACAAAAAUAGGCUUUUUUUUAGUAAGUUGAAAUCUUUCACUAAGAUGUUUUAUAAAUACAGCCCCAGAGUAACAAACUUCCUAGCCAUCUGGUCACUGCCAUUGAAUUUUGCAUUUCCCGCACAUUGACAACUGACACUGAACAAUGUUAUAGUGUAAUUUGAAAAGAUACUUAAAAAAUAUGCAUUUAAACUUACUCUUGUAGGCAUGAUCGUAUUUGUAGUCUAACAAGUUUACAGUUUAUAAUGUUUGCAAAUCAAAUAUUAAAAGUGUGCUUACUGUGUAAAUGUAUAGACUUUGUGUAUAUGUGUCAUGCAAUUGUCUUAAGCCUAGUGCAAAAAAUGAAUAUUGUUGUAUGGUGAUGUUACAUGUAUACCUUUAAGAUAACAUUAUACUGUUAAGGCUACACUAUACUGUUAAGGUUAUGCUUUACUGUUAUGGUAAAGCUGUUCUGUUAUGGUAAUGAUUUACUAUUAAGGUUACGCUGUUCUGUUACGGGACAUUUACCAUUAAGGUUACGCUAUACUGUUAUGGUAAUUCUUUACCAUUAAGGUUAGGCUAUACUGUUAUGGGAACGCUUUACCAUUAAGGUUACGCUAUACUGUUAAUGUAACACUGUUCUGUUUAGUCAUUGACUACCAUUUAGGUAAUGCUACAUGUAUAUUGUUAAGGUUAGACUUUACAGUUAAGGUUUCUGUCUGGUGAUGCUAUUUUGUUAAGGUAAUGCUUUACUGUUAAGGUCUAUCUAUGCUGUUAGGGUAAUUCUAUACUGUAAUUGUUAGGCUGUGGUGUUUUGUUAUUUCUCCUGUGAUUUACAAAGGUUGUGACACACAGAGCCUUCAUACUGUAUUUUAAAGGGACUCGACCAUGUUUAAUAGGUUCAGACAUAGAAUAAAGAAAUUGUGUGUUCUUUGAAUAAAAUGCUUCAUUCAAUGAUAAAACAUCAUCAAAGGGUCAAAACAGAGCAUUGUUGUUAUAUUUUAUUUCAAAAAGGUGACAGAAAAAUUCUCUAUUUUGCUACAAAGCAUUAGUAAGGCUAAAGAAAAUUGAAUAAUUUAAGGCUUGGAUUUACCAAAGUCUGUUUAAAUUAGUUUCUUCUAGUUGCUGUUUUGUGUUUAUUUAUGAAAGUUGGUAAAAUAGCUCAAUUUCAACAAUGUUAAAAAACGAUCAUUGCAAAAGUCAAACCUGUGAUCGGGUCCCUUUAAUGUAUAUGCUAGCUUGCUAGCUACACGGUGUACCUGUAAUUUUCCACACAUAUUAUGUAAUGUGUUAUACAUACAUGAGUCCUCUAAAUCUUGUGUGUAGUUUAAUAGUUUUGUUAGCCACACAAUAAAAUUGUGGACACAACAUGAAAUUAUUUUGGUAAAAUAUUAUUUGCAGGCUUAAAUAUUCAAUGUAAAUUUGUUCUAGUUUUACCUAAAAUAAAAUUGUGUAUAAUCUUUUGUCUAAGCAUACAUGUGUUUUGGAGUCAGAUGGUGUUUUGGUGCGUUAAUGUAACAUUGAAUAUCACAAAAUGAUCUGGUGUAUGGUUUGUAUGGUUUCAAGAUGUGAUAGUCUUGUGUUUGCUUACAUGUGAUACAUAUUUGUCAAAGAUUUGUAAACGAACACUCCUCUGAGUUGUGCACUUGCAAAGGUUAGAUGAAAUAAAUACUGAUUCUGAAGGAUGA